AUGUCAGAAAUUGAUGGUGAGGAGGAAGAUUUUGAUCAAGAGCAAGAAGAAGAGGAAAUCUCCGAUGAAGAUGAAAAUGAUGAAGAAUACAUUGAAACUGACUCGGAAGAAGAAGAAGGAAAAGUUAAACACCAUCAUCAUGAGGAUGAUGAAUUAUCGGAUGAACAAGAAGAGGAUAAGGAUUUUCCAAACUUUACUGACGGUCUCACUCUGCAAGGUAGACUUCAAGUAAAGAAUGCUCGAAAAUUAUAUUUUGAUGAAAAACAAAGAGAAUAUAACGCAAUGGUUGCGAAAGAAGUGUCGUCCAAAGUGAAACAAAAGUGGAACGACAUUAUUUCGAAUCAACAAAUUGCGUCUGGGGGAUUUGAUUUUCAAGUUUUGAAGAAUUUAUUGGAUUCACAAUCAGAUAUAGGCACUGAAACAUCGAAUGUCUCACGUCAACAAUCUCUCGAAGGACAAUUAGACAUUAAACAGAGAGGAGACCAUUGGAAUUACACGAUUGGCUUGAAUGAAACUAAUCACCAUGACGAAGAGAAUGAGCAAGCUAAUGAGAACACUGACGAAGAAGACAAUGAGGAAGACGAAGAAAUUACCGACGAUGAUGAUGACGAAGAUUAA